AGGUGCUGGAUAUACCUUUGGUGGACAAGUUGUCAAAAAAUUUCUCGAGAUAAAUCAAAUGGAACAUAUUCUACGUGCGCACCAGCUAUGCAUGGAAGGAUUUCAGGCAACUCCGAACUAUUGCUACCGUUGUGGUAAUAUGGCAUCGAUCCUAGAAGUUGGUGUUAAUGGGCAAAGAUUCUUCAACGUAUUUGAUGCUGCUCCUGAAAACGAUAGAGAUGGUCCUUCUCAACAGAUGUCUAUCGAGAGAAAGGCCCAUUACAGAGAUGUAAAUAACACUGAAAUAGUGUUGGAAGUUAAUAAAGGCCGAAUAUGUUGUCACCUCCAGCUAGAAGUUACUCCAACAAUUUUGAGUUUAUUAGUGUCACAUGUCGAUUUACCGAAAAUAACGUAUACAAUUUCAAAAGUAAUUAAUAAAAAUAUUAGAAUGAUAGCAUCAAUUUCUUCCAAAUUCUCAGAAAAUAAUUCAACUGAUGUUUCGGACUCGUCUGUAAUAAUGCAACAAAAUCGGCAAUCCCCAAAACAGUCACGAACACACCCUGACACCUCGUCGGAUUCUGGUUCUCAGCAAGGUGUGAGGAGAUCUCGGAGGACGUCAUUACGUGAAAAACAGACCAAUUACGCAGAGGCGACUAGUUCUUCAUCUUCAGAAUCAGAGGUUAAAUUAGGUGUGAGAAGGCGGCGAUUAAGUUCACAUAAAUCCGGAGAGGAUUCAGUCUCAUCUUCAAAUUCUGACUUGGAAUCUCGGCCAAUAGUUAAGAGAGUUCGUUCUUCUCGCGACUCUCAAUCUCCAAAAAAGUCAAGUAGUUCUUCACUUUCUGAAAUUUCAGAAAAUUAUUUGUCUUCAGCUCCAGACACUGAAAGUGAGACACAAGAACCACCAUCACCUCCCGAAACACCUAGUCUACCACUUCAAAAACGCCAUUCAUCUCAAUCAGAAUCAUCAGAUGAUACGUCUGAAGACACUGAUAGAACAUCGGAACCUCCGUCGCCUCCAGGAACACCAGUACCUUACGAUCCAUGUAAAAUCUGUGGUGGAUUUGAUGAUCCAUUAGAUUCACAAUAUCCACUUCUAAUUGCUAUGGAAUAUCCAACCGUAAACCAAUGGGAAGAAGCUGGCGCUGUGACCCAUGUCUUAAUGGAAGAGUUCGCAGAGCAAUUAAAUCGUCCAGAGGGUGUAAAUAACGCGAUGAAAAGAACUAACGGGAAUAACUGGGUUCACGUUUUAUGUGCUACAUUUAUUCCUGAAACUUCAUUCUAUGACGCAGAAAAUGUCUUCUUAGUCAUGGACAUUGAAGACAUUCGUGAUGAGAGUUGGAAUGCAAUUUGCUCUAUAUGUCAGAUGCGUGGAGGUGCUUGUAUACGAUGCUCUAAUUAUGCGUGUAAGAAAUUUUUACAUACCACAUGUGCACAAGAGGCAGGUUGCAAUAUAGGGUUUGAAUUAAAAUCCCCAAAACUAGACUUUUCACAGCAAGGAUU